CCUCUGCAUGGCUAGGAACCAAUCACGUUAUGGGUUAUGUCACCUGGCAGCGCGUCGCUAUUGGUUAGUUUUUCUGUCACUUUGUUGGCUGCGGCGCUCACCAUUGGCUGUGAGAGGUGAAGCGGGUUAGGCUGCGGCCGGAGCUGUCAGUGAUGGUUCUUCCCGGUGCAGGCGGCUGGUGAUGGCGGUUGUUGAGCGGCGGUUGGUGACAGAGCGGCGGAGCGUGCAGUCCGAUAAGUGAGCGCCGCUGCCCGGGGCUGUGGUGACCUGUACGAGCCGUCCGCGGCCUUGUUUGCGCUGCUGAGGGAAUAUGGCCACCAUGGAGAAGCUGAUGAGAGCCUUCGAGUCCCUAAAGUCCUUCCAGCAGCAGGGACCGGCGGUAGUGGAGGAGCCGGUACAUAAGGCAAAGAAAGAACCUUCUACGAACAAAAAAGAUCGAGUGACUCAUUGUCUGACGAUAUGUGAGAACAUUGUUGCUCAGUCUCUCAGGAAUUCUCCUGAGUUUCAGAAGCUGCUUGGCAUUGCCAUGGAGCUCUUCCUUUUGUGCAGUGAUGAUGCCGAGUCUGACGUCAGGAUGGUGGCUGAUGAAUGCCUCAACAAAGUGGUGAAAGCUUUGAUGGACUCCAAUCUCCCACGGCUACAGCUAGAGCUGUACAAAGAAAUAAAGAAGAAUGGAGCACCCCGGAGCCUUAGGGCGGCCCUCUGGAGGUUUGCCGAGCUAGCACACCUUGUACGACCACAAAAGUGCAGACCCUACCUGGUGAACCUGCUCCCCUGCCUCACCAAAAUAUGCAAACGUCAGGAAGAAUCGGUACAAGAGACUCUUGCUGCUGCCAUUCCAAAAAUUAUGGCUGCCUUUGGUAACUUUGCGAAUGACCAUGAAAUCAAGGUUUUGCUGAAAGCGUUCAUAGCCAAUCUGAAAUCUAGCUCUCCCACAAUCCGACGCACAGCAGCUGGUUCUGCUGUCCACAUCUGUCAGCAUUCCCGGCGAACGCAGUAUUUCUACACAUGGCUUCUCAACGUACUCCUGGGAUUGUUGAUUCCUGUUGAGGAUGAACGCCCUACUCUUUUGAUUCUGGGUGUCUUGUUAACACUACGCUAUCUAAUUCCACUACUACAGCAGCAGGUGAAGGACACCAGUCUGAAGGGAAGCUUUGGGGUGAUGCGGAAAGAGGCUGAUAUCUCCCCAUCAGUGGAGCAACUAACACAGAUUUAUGAACUGACAUUACAUUACACCCAGCACCGGGAUCAUAAUGUGGUGACGAGUGCACUGGAGCUGCUGCAGCAGAUAUUCAGGACGCCUCCCAUCGAGCUUCUCCACGUUCUGACUACGUCUGGAGGCAUUCCACAUGUCAGCGUAUGUCGAGAUGAAGCUCAGGGCCGCAGCCGCAGUGGAAGCAUUGUAGAGCUCAUAGCUGGCGGGAGCUCUACCUGCAGCCCUGUUCUGUCCAGGAAACUAAGAGGUAAACUCCACCUGGGUGAGGAGGAAGGCCUUGAAGAUGAGACAGAACCAAAGCCUGAUGUCACUUCGGCUUCAUUCGUAGCUGGUGUUAAAAACGAGGAAUCUUCUGACAUGGGAGCAUCUUCUGCAGCUGCUACCUCUUCUCCAGACUCAACAACUCACGAUAUUAUAACAGAACAGCCGCGGUCACAGCAUACACUGCAGUCGGAGUCUGUAGACCUGAGCAGCUCUGACAUGGCCAGCACGGUGACUGAAGGCGAUGAGGAGGACAUGUUAAGCCGGAGCUCAAGUCAGAUCAGCACUGUCCAGUCUGAUGCAAACAUGGAAUUAAAUGAGGGAACCACUCAGGCUUCCUCACCAGUGAGCGAUAGCUCACAGACCACCACAGAAGGUCCAGAUUCUGCUGUGACCCCUUCGGACAGUUCGGAAAUUGUGAUUGAUGGUGCUGAGAACCAGUAUUCUGGAAUGCAGAUAGGGCAGCUUCAGGAUGAAGAAGAUGAAGGGGCACUUAUUGACCAGGGAGAACCAGGAGAUCACUUUGGAAAUCCAUCUCUUGGUCUUAACCAGAGUCACCUGUUAAAAACCAUGGGCCACAGUCGUCAGUCCUCUGAUAGUAGCGUUGAUCGCUUUGUCUCCAGGGAAGAAACAGUGGAGCCAGGAGACCUGGAAAAUAAGCCUUCCAGGAUAAAGGGGGACAUUGGACACUACACUGAUGAUGAUGCAGCACCCCUUGUUCACUGUGUACGUCUAUUAUCUGCUUCCUUCCUGCUCACUGGACAGAAGGGGGCAAUGGUUCCUGAUAAAGUGGUGCGGGUCAGUGUGAAGGCGUUAGCAUUGAGCUGUGUUGGGGCAGCUGUUGCCCUGGACCCUGAAGCUUUCUUUAGCAGACUUUACAAGCCGCAGCCAGAGAGUUUAGACCAUCCAGAAACACAGUAUGUAACAGACAUCCUGGUCUACAUUAAUCAUGGGGAUCCCCAGGUUAGAGGAGCCACGUCCAUUCUCUGUGGUACCAUUGUCUAUUCCAUACUGACCAAGUCACGAUAUGAUGCAGAACAUUGGCUGACUGUUGUCAAAAACCGAAAAGGAAAUAACUUUUCUCUGGAAGAUUGCAUUCCCGUAUUGCAAAAAUCCCUUAAAGAUGAAUCAUCAGUCACGUGCAAGUUGGCCUGUUCAGCAGUGAGGCAUUGCAUAUCCAGUUUAUGUUGUAGUACAUACAGCCAGCUUGGUUUGCAGCUGAUCAUAGAUCUGCUCACACUUAAGAACAGUUCUUACUGGCUUGUGAGGACAGAGCUCCUGGAAACUCUGGCAGAAAUUGAUUUCCGGUUAGUCAGUUUCUUGGAAGGCCGAGCUGAAGGACUACAUAGAGGUGUCCAUUUUUAUACUGGGUUGCUGCAUCUUCAGGAACGUGUACUAAAUGGUGUCAUCAUAAGCCUUCUAGGGGAUGAAGAUGCCCGGGUGAGACACGUAGCAGCGGCCUCCUUGGUUCGGCUAGUUCCAAAGUUAUUUUACAGCUGUGAUCAAGGACAGGCCGAUCCUGUGGUGGCAGCAGCUCGAGACCAGAGUAGUGUUUAUCUGAAGCUUCUUAUGCACGAGACUCAACCAGCUUCUCAUUUUGCAGUUAGUACAAUCACCAGGAUCUACAGAGGGUACAAUAUUCUACAGGGUCCAACAGAUGUCAGUAUGGAGAAUAACUUGUCCAAAGUUAUCACGGCUGUGUCCCAUGCAUUAACCACAUCGUCCACUCGUGCUCUCACGUUUGGAUGCUGUGAAGCUUUAGCUCUUCUUUCAACUGCAUAUCCAAUAUGUACAUGGAGUGUUGGUUGGCAUUGUGGGUACAUCAUAUCUUCUGGUGCACAGGCCUCGCGGAUCCAAGUGUAUAAGAACAGGGGUCGGUCCUUCAGCAUUUCUCAGCAGAGCCCAUUGGAGGAGCCUCGUAAGAGCUGCACAGCCGGCAUGGCCAACAUGAUCUUGUCACUGCUGUCAUCUGCCUGGUUCCCCCUAGAUCUCUCUGCUCAUCAGGAUGCAUUGAUUCUCACUGGAAACCUUUUGGCUGCAACAGCUCCGAAAUCUUUGAAAAAUCCAUGGACACCUGAGGAUGAAGCAAACCAGGGAGCUAACAAACAGGAAGAACCAUGGCCUGCACUUGGUGACCGCUUGAUAGUUAGUAUGGUGGAUCAGCUGUUUGUUCACUUACUGAAGGCCAUCAACAUAUGCUCUCAUGUGAUUGAUGAUGUCACUCCUGGACCUGUGGUAAAGGCAACGCUGCCAUCUCUUACUAACCCACCCUCUUUAAGUCCCAUACGUCGAAAAGGAAAAGAGAAGGAAAGCGUAGAGCAAACAGCCGUGCCAUUAAGUCCAAAGAAGUCCACUGAUCCCACCCCAGCUUCUAGGCAGACAGAUGCUUCAGGUCCAGCUCAAGCAAGCAAAUCUGUUGGCAGCUUCUAUCACCUUCCAUCAUAUUUGAAACUAUACGAUGUGUUGAAGGCCACAUAUGCCAACUACAAGGUAACCCUGGACCUUCAGAAUAACAAUGAGAAGUUUGGGAGUUUCUUGCGUUCUGCCCUUGAUGUGCUAUCACAGAUUUUGGAGCUUGCUACACUACAUGAUAUUGGCAAAUGCGUUGAAGAAAUUUUGGGUUAUCUUAAGUCCUGUUUCAGCCGUGAACCUGUGAUGGCCACUGUCUGUGUUCAGCAGCUAUUAAAGACACUAUUUGGGACUAAUUUGGCAUCACAGUUUGAGGCUUUAUCUUCCAACCCUGGUAAAUCACAAGGCAAAGCCCAGCGCCUGGGCUCCUCUAACCUGCGACCUGGUCUCUACCAUUACUGCUUUAUGGCACCCUACACUCAUUUUACCCAGGCAUUGGCAGAUGCCAGUCUGAGAAAUAUGGUUCAGGCUGACCAAGAGCAGGACACAUCAGGAUGGUUUGAUGUUCUCCAGAAAGUUUCUUCCCAACUAAAGAACAACAUUACCAACGUUACUAAGCAUCGUGCUGACAAGAAUACUAUUCACAAUCACAUCCGCCUGUUUGAGCCCCUGGUAAUAAAAGCCUUGAAGCAGUACACCACUACUACAUCUGUGCAACUUCAGAGACAAGUCCUCGACCUGCUCGCCCAACUUGUCCAGCUUCGUGUCAACUAUUGUCUGUUGGAUUCUGACCAGGUCUUCAUUGGCUUUGUACUGAAGCAGUUUGAGUACAUUGAAGUGGGUCAGUUCAGAGAAUCUGAAGCCAUCAUUCCUAAUGUAUUCUUUUUCCUGGUUUUGCUGUCCUAUGAGCGCUAUCAUUCCAAGCAGAUUAUUGGCAUUCCAAAAAUCAUCCAGCUCUGUGAUGGUAUAAUGGCCAGUGGGAGAAAAGCUGUGACCCAUGCUAUUCCAGCUCUGCGGCCCAUAGUCCAUGACCUGUUUGUAUUAAGGGGAGCAAAUAAAGCUGAUGCUGGAAAAGAACUGGAAACUCAGAAAGAAGUUGUGGUGUCAAUGCUGCUACGGCUGAUCCAGUAUCAUCAGGUUCUGGAGAUGUUCAUAUUGGUGCUGCAGCAGUGUCACAAAGAGAAUGAAGAUAAGUGGAAGAGGUUAUCUCGGCAGAUAGCUGAUGUCAUCUUACCCAUGUUGGCAAAGCAGCAGAUGCACAUAGACUCUCACGAAGCUCUGGGGGUAUUGAAUAGUUUAUUUGAAACCUUGGCCCCUUCCUCCCUACGUCCUGUAGACAUGUUGCUGAGAAGCAUGUUCGUUGUUCCUUAUACUAUGGCCUCCGUGAGCACUGUCCAGCUAUGGAUAUCUGGAAUCUUGGCCAUUCUUCGAGUCCUUAUCUCACAGUCUACAGAGGACAUUGUAUUGUCCAGGAUCCAGGAGCUGUCCUUCUCACCUCUCCUGAUCUCAUGUCAGAAUAUCACUCGAUUAAGGGACAACAACAACCAUCAAAACUCAGAAGAGGAGCAGUACCAGAUCAAAGUUCCUCCAGAGGAAACUUUUUCACGGUUCCUUUUACAGCUGGUGGGAAUACUGCUGGAAGAUAUAGUGCACAAGGAGCUAAAGGUGGAACUGAGCGAACAGCAGCAUAUGUUUUACUGCCAACAGCUGGGAACCCUACUUAUGUGCCUGGUCCAUGUCUUCAAGUCUGGAACAUUCCGAAGAAUCACUAAUGCGGCCACAAGAUUGUUCAAGAGUAGUGGCGACAAUGGAACCUUCUACACAUUGGAGAGCUUAAGUGACUUGGUGGAGUCCUUAUUUCCCACCCAUCCAUCUCUAGUUCUUCUCUGGUGUCAGUUCCUGCUGCUGAUCGACUACACAAACUACAACUGGUGGUCAGAAGUCCACCAGACCCUUAAGAGAAACAACCUGUCCAGUACCAAACUGCUGCUGAGCCCUCAAAUGUCAACCGACAGCGACGAGGCAGAGUCACGCUCCAAGCUUGGCAUGUGCAACCGUGAGAUAGUCCGGCGGGGUGCCCUCAUUUUGUUCUGUGACUACGUGUGUCAGAACUUGCACGACUCUGAACAUCUGACCUGGCUGAUCGUGAACCAUGUGCAGGAUCUGAUCAAUUUAUCACAUGAACCCCCAGUACAGGACUUUAUUAGUGCAAUACACAGGAAUUCUGCCGCCAGUGGCCUCUUCAUCCAAGCAAUACAGUCCCGCUGUGAGAACUUGGCAACACCAGCUUCCCUGAAGAAAACUCUGCAGUGUUUAGAAGGCAUUCACCUGAGCCAGUCUGGUGCAGUGUUAUUGCUGUAUAUCGACAAGCUUCUGUGUACUCCGUUCCGUGUGCUGGCUCGCAUGGUGGAUACGCUGGCGUGUCGUCGGGUGGAAAUGCUGCUGGCUGCUACUCUACAGAAUAGCAUGUGUCAGUUACCUAUAGAAGAGUUGGAUAGGAUGCAGGAGUAUUUACAGAACAGUGGAUUAGCACAAAGGCACCAAAGACUUUAUUCUCUGCUGGACAGAUUUCGGUCAACUGUGGCACCAGAAACAGUCAGCCCAUUACCUGUAGUGACCUCUCACCCGCUGGACGGGGAAAAUCCACCACGGCUGGAGACGUUGGAACCUGAUGAGGCUUGGUAUGUGUCCCUGGUACGAUCGCAGUGUUAUACACACUCUGAUUCUGCACUGCUGGAAGGAGCAGAAUUGGUGAAUAGAAUCCCUCCAUCUGAGCGUCUCUCCCUCAUGGCCAGCAAGGAGUUUAACUUAAGCCUGCUUGCCUCUUGUUUGUCCUUGGGAGUGAACCAAAUAAUAGGGGAUCAGAAUAGCACUUUUUUUGAAAUCACAAGGUCCGUUCUCCUGGAUCUCAUCUCACAGACUGUUCAGCAGCUUCCGGACACUCAUCAGCUCUUUCAGCCUCUACAGCCCUUGGAUGGAAGCUCCUAUUGGGAAAAGCUUAGCCUCAUGUUAGGUGAUGCAGACGUCUACUACUCUCUUGUCACCCUCUGUCGAGCGCUGGUGCAGUAUUUGCUGUCUCUACCAAAAAUACCUCCAUCCUUUCAUAUAAGCCAAGAGAAAGAAGCGGACAUAGUGAAGUUCAUGGUCUUGUCAGUGGAGGCGGUGUCCUGGCAUUUUGUACAUGGACAGAUCCCGCUGAGCGUGGAUCUCCAGGCUGUUCUGGAUUGCUGCUGUCUCACCCUCCAGCAGCCUGUCCUGUGGACUCUGCUGGCCUCUGCUGAAUACCUGACACACGCCUGUUCACUCAUCUGCAGCACACGCUUCAUCAUAGAGGCCGUUGCAGUCAAACCUGGGGAGCAACUUCUGAUCCCUGAAAGGAAGAAGAACAGUUCAUCAGAUGAAGGGGAAUCAGACGCAGCUUUUGUCAGGACUGCCUGCAUCAUGAUGUCUGAAAUGGUGGAUUCCCUGCAGACCGUUUUGUUAUUUGGACACAAGCGAAAUGGCAAUAUAGCAGCAUUCCUCACUCCGGUGUUCAGAAAUAUAGUGAUCAGCUUGGCCAGAUUACCUGCAGUUAACAGCUAUACAAGAGUACCUCCGCUGGUGUGGAAACUUGGAUGGUCGCCUAAGACAGGAGGAGAAUUUGGAACAUCGCUCCCUGAAAUCCCUGUUGAGUUCUUGCAGGAAAAAGAAGUAUUCAAAGAAUUUAUAUACCGCAUAAACACACUGGGAUGGACAAGCCGUACCCAGUUUGAGGAGACAUGGGCCACUCUGCUUGGUGUGCUGGUGACUCAGCCUAUUGUAAUGGACCAAGAAGAAAGUCAGCAAGAGGAAGACACAGAGAGAACUCAAAUAAAUGUCCUGGCGGUGCAGGCCAUCACGUCCCUAGUGCUAAGUGCCAUGACCAUUCCUUCUGCCGGCAAUCCAGCCAUCAGCGCCUUGGAGCAGCAGCCACGGAACAAGACUUUAAAGGCUCUUGAUACCAGGUUUGGCAGAAAGCUGAGUGUUGUUAGAGGAAUUGUGGAGCAGGAAAUCCAAUCGAUGAUAUCUAGAAGGGACAAUAUCGCCACACACCAUGCUUAUCAAGCAUGGGACCCUGUGCCUUGUUUAUCUGCUGCAACCACAGGAGCUCUGAUAAGUCACGAGAAGCUCUUACUGCAGAUCAAUACAGAACGUGAGAUCGGGAAUAUGAGCUAUAAGUUGGGCCAAGUCUCUAUCCAUUCUGUAUGGCUGGGAAACAAUAUUACCCCUCUGAGACAAGAGGAGCUUGAUGAAGAUGAGGAGGAUGAGAAUGAUACCCCAGCCCCGUCCUCCCCACCAACAUCUCCUAUAAACUCCAGGAAACAUCGUGCCGGAGUUGACAUACAUUCCUGUUCACAAUUUCUUCUUGAGCUCUACAGCCAGUGGAUUCUUCCAUCUAAUACAGGCAAGAAGACCCCGGUCAUCCUGAUCAGUGAGGUGGUAAGAUCGUUGCUGGCAGUGUCUGAUCUAUUUACUGAGAGAAAUCAGUUUGAGAUGAUGUACACAGCAUUAACCGAGCUCCAGAAACAGCACCCGUCUGAGGAUGAAAUUCUCAUCCAGUAUCUAGUGCCUGCGAUCUGCAAAGCUGCGGCCGUGCUGGGAAUGGAUAAGGCUGUAGCAGAGCCUGUCAGCCGCCUCCUGGAGUCCACGCUGCGGAGCACUCACAUGCCCAGCCGCAUCGGAGCAUUACAUGGCAUCCUGUAUGUGCUGGAGUGUGACCUGCUGGAUGACACAGCCAAGCAGCUCAUCCCUAUCAUCAGUGACUACCUGCUUUCCAAUCUGAGGGGCAUUGCACACUGUGUCAAUCUUCACAAUCAGCAGCACAUUCUAGUGAUGUGUGCGGCCGCGUUCUACUUGAUUGAGAACUACCCUCUUGAUGUCGGGUCAGAGUUCACUGCAGGCAUCAUACAGAUGUGUGGGGUGAUGGUGUCGGGGAGUGAAGAAUCGACACCUUCCACGGUAUACCACUGUGUCCUGAGGGGCUUGGAGCGCCUCCUGUUGUCUGAGCAGCUCUCAAGGUUGGAUGGCGAAGCAUUGGUGAAGCUGAGCGUGGACAGAGUCAAUAUGCAUAGUCCCCACAGAGCGAUGACUGCUUUAGGUCUAAUGCUGACCUGCAUGUACACAGGGAAAGAGAAGAUCAGCCCUGGACGUACGACAGAGCCAAGCCCGGCAGCACCAGACAGCGAGUCUGUCAUUGUCGCCAUGGAACGGGUGUCUGUGCUGUUUGACAGGAUACGGAAAGGAUUCCCGUUUGAGGCUAGAGUCGUGGCAAGAAUCCUCCCUCAGUUCCUGGAUGACUUCUUCCCGCCUCAGGAUGUAAUGAACAAAGUCAUUGGGGAGUUUUUAUCCAACCAGCAGCCCUAUCCGCAGUUCAUGGCUACCGUCGUGUAUAAGGUGUUUCAGACAUUACACGCCACAGGACAGUCUUCCAUGGUUCGGGAUUGGGUCAUGUUGUCCCUCUCAAACUUCACGCAGAGGACGCCGGUCGCCAUGGCGAUGUGGAGCCUUUCCUGCUUCUUCGUCAGUGCUUCAACCAGCAAGUGGAUCUCUGCAAUUUUACCGCAUGUGAUCAGCAGAAUGGGCAAAUCGGAGCCUGUAGACAUCAACUUGUUCUGUUUAGUGGCCAUAGACUUUUACAAGCAUCAGAUAGAUGAAGAACUGGACCGCAGAGCCUUUCAGUCGGUAUUUGAGCUGGUGGCGGCCCCCGGGAGCCCCUAUCACAGCCUCUUGACGUGCUUACAGAACGUGCACAAGAUUACUGUUUGCUAAGCACUUUUAUGGGUGUGGAUGGUAUAAGCCACCAGGAGCAGAAGACUGCAAGACAAGGGAACGGCCCUGCACCUCUGCUGAAGACAUCUCCUCCAAGGCCCUCACCCACCCACCCUGGAGUCCCUGUGACUCGCACUUUGCUCUGAAUGUUGCUUCUUAUAAAUAUCUUCUGAUAGAUUUUUUUUUUUUUCUCCUUUCUUUACUACAGUGAAUGUAAAUGUCCUGUCCCUUUACACCUUUUACUUCUGGGAGUCUCCGACAACACAAAACCUGCACCACGAAACAAUAUGAAGCAGUCCGGUCAGUCGUCUUACUCAUCCACCUUCUUGUAGGAUCCAUUAGUGGAGUGUCCUGACAAUGGCACGUAGCCCUCAGUCCUUGUAGUGACAGCCACAUAUAAGAGUAUUAUUGGAGGGCGACAUCAUGAAGCCUAACACCAGACACCUAGUAUAAAGAGUAUUAAAAACUUGUGUCAAUUUCUCUGCUUGCAGCCCCACUACUUUGUGUAUUGUUCAGACUGUGUCUUUUUUGGGCUCCACUUCCUUUCUAAGUGACCACCAGUUGGUCAGAGGAAAUCCUGUCUGCUGUACUAUAGACUGCCUCUCUGUUGCACAGACUUGUUUAGGAGGAGACUACAUAGGUAAUAAAGGCUUGUGACUUGCGUGCCUGUAUACUGGCAUGGAGGAGAAAUAAUGUUGGACAGGGUAACAGGCUUUAAUGCCAGUGUUGUAGUUCUGCUCCUGCAAGGGUUGUAUUGCUUUCCUGGCAGAUAUUGGGGCAUUUUUGUUUGAUGGGCAUUGCAGUAAUCUUCUGAUAAUUUUUUUUUCCUUAAUUUGGGUAUAAAUGGUUUUAACUUCUAUUUCUAUACCAUGUAAUAUAUGUAUAAUUGUAAAACCUACAGCUCCAGAUACAAAACCAAUCUGCUACAUCAUCAUCAUCUCACCCGUACCGUCUGCUUAUGUCAUUCUGUGGCCCAAACAGAGGAAAAAAAACUAAAAAUAAAAUUCCAUCCCGAUUUAAAAGCUAUUAUGCAUAGUCACAGGUCUGGAUGCAUUCAGAAUGAGGAAUUAUAAAUUAUUAUUAUAAAUUCUACUAAUUCCAUUGUGGUGUUUUAUGAUAAGGAUUUGCAAUGUAAUGUGUUUCUUCUUCUUUCAUGUGUUCUAGGCAUGUGUGACAGAGAGAGAAUUAAAAAUCAGGAUAUUUAUCAGUCCAGUCCCUGGUAGGUAGCCCGUAGGAAGCUAAUUUUACGGUGGCAGCAGCCCCCUUACCUACAGAGACUCCGUGCACCUAGGUCGCAGCUAUGGUGUCCCCUAGGUCUACAGGUAAAAAAAAAGUGAAACGUGCCUGCAAAAUGAGACUACACUGUGUUUGUUUGUAGUCUGUUACCAUGGAGACACACAGCUCUGCUUAGAAGCUGCAAACACAACACAGCAGAAUCUUGGAUACACUGGAAAAAUAAAACAAAUCGUUUACAUAAACCCCACAGGCAGAAACAGAAUUUAUUAUUCUUUUAUUUAUUUAAAUAUUGUGUCCAGAAAUGAAAUGUUAUUAUAAAUUGUGGACCAAGUCAGAUUACUUCUUGGAGACCUAAUAUAAGGCAGCUUUUUCCAACCAGGGUAGCUCUAGAUGUUGGAAAACUACAACU